AAAAGAAGAAUCCUAAUACUAAUGCAUAUAUUCCCAUGCCAAUAAUCAAUUGGGCCCAUAUAUUCCCUAGUCAAUAAUCAAUUGGUCCCCUCUCCUUUUUCCCUUUGAUAAUUAUUCUCCUAAAUAAUUCUCCCUAUCUUUAGAAAAGCUUAUAUGGAUUUGAGUUGCAAAUUCCCUUUUCAAUCAUCAUCUUCAUCUUCAUCCUGGGCUGUAAUCGUCUACUCACCGUGGCUGAAAUACCGGAUUUUUCCACCGCCGUCCCUUCAUUUGACUCCUCGGAUACCGGAUUUUCGACGUGUUACUGAAAUACCUUAGUAGUAAUUGCGUUUUAAUUUCGCCAAGCCAAGCCAAGCAUAUUUAACAGGACCUCUGAACACAAAGAUGUCACAGAGGAGAGGUAAAACGUCUAGUUGGACUGUAUUUGACCUGACUACUUCUGCAAGUGUACAACCUCUGGACACAAAAAUGUUGCGGAGGAGAGGUAAAACGUCUGGUUGUACUGCAUUUGACCUUGAACAUCGUCGUAAGCAGCGUCUUGAACCUGAAGCAAAGGAUGAAUUUUUUCCAGCAAUAUCAAGCUCAAUGGACCAAAGUCAGAAAGCCUUGACAAACAUAGCAAAUAUAACUGCAUCGGAGAAGCAUUUUGCGUCUCUACUACAGGAUGCUGUCAAAUUUCAGAUCAAGCCAAAACGCAGCGAUAUGCAUGAAAAGAAAUUGCAGGGUGGUUGCUCUAGUGGUGUCAAAGAUGCUUUGAAGGCAAAUGGAAUGCUUAAGGAGCUCCAUCCUUGGGCAGGCCAAUGCCUGAUUGAGGAUGUUUUGGCUGGUGUAGACUAUGAUGUUGAUAAGGCCUCAUCCUUAUUGAAAAUGAUGGUUUCCUCUGAGCAAAAAUACAAUAAUAUUAAAAUUACUGGGACUGAUGAAUUAAAGUUCAAUCAUAAGAAGUCUCUUGUGAAUGAAAAUAAGUCAUUAGCUGAAAAGGACACAGAUCUUUCUCAAGUGAUGCAUCUUCUUGAGGGUCUUCUGCUUAGCAGUAAUCGAGAUUUGACAGAUGAACGUGCUUCUUCGAGGAGAGUGCUUCUGCAUGAUGUCUUUGCUACAAAAAUGAUUCUGAAUUCCAUCAAAUCUUUACCCAUUGAGCGGGAAGAAGAUGAUGUUUACUUGGCUCAAAGAAAAGAGGCACAAAAGAUGACAAGUUCAGCAUCUCGGAACUCUAAGGCUUCCGUGGAUGCCUAUCUGAGAGGGGAUCACUUAUCUGCUCAACUCUAUUCACGGAAAGCUCGUGAAGAAUGGCUGACUGCUAAACAACUAAAUGCCAAGGCAGCAAAAGAAAUUCUGAGAAUCAAGAAUUUGAAGAAUGAUGAGUGGACAUUAGAUUUGCAUGGUCUUCAUGCUGCAGAAGCAGUCCAAGCCUUGCAAGAACAUUUGCAGAGGAUUGAAUCUCAGAUGCCUACAAAACAGCUUGCUUGUGCUAGAAGAUUCAAUGCAAUUCAAUCUCAGAUGCCUUGUGCUAGAAUACUCAACAUAUCUCAGAUGCCUAUUGCUUGUGCUAGAAUAUUCAAUGUAUCUCAGAUGCCUGCUAGAAGAUUCAAUGUAAUGGCAGGAAUUGUAUCUUCCACAGCUCCUAAUGUUGCAAUUUUUAGGGAUUUGGAAGAGUGUGAUAGCCAGAUUCCAUUGUUUAGGCCAAGACCAGCAUCUGUAGAAGUAAUAACAGGAAAAGGCAAGCAUAGUCGGGGUGAAGCCACACUUCCUCCAGCCAUUAGGAGCUUUCUUGAUGAAAAUAGAUAUCACUAUAGUGAAGCACGACCUGGGGUGAUUGAAGUACAAGUCAAAUUCCAGUGAUGAUGAGCUCUGUGCAUUGCACUAUCUUGCAAUGAGGGAGUUCUCCUUAUUUGAUAUGUAUCAUAGAUUGGUCUUAGGUAUUUUGCGGUAAUUAGCCUUGUCUUGUAUAUACUGCUGUACACACUGUUCUGUUCUUUAACUUAAAUAGUUUGCUAAUUGUACAGUUCAGAUUGAUGUCAAUGAAGUUUUACAAGGAGAAGUAGACAGCCUUUUUCUUCUUCAUAUUGCAUUUCUGUUGUUUGCAUGCCAGUGUGGCUAUGUAGCUACUCAAGUACCUCGCCAGAAUGGUGGCCACAUGUAGUAGUAUAUGCUUGUGGAACUAUAACAAAAUUGUUACUGAGUGCAGAAAUGAGGAUAGUGGUUGCAUGAA